AUGCUCUCGCGCUCGUGCUUUCGUCCCAUUUGGGGGGCGAAACAACAGUUGAAAGUAUCGGGCCCGAAGAGUCUUCACUGUAUUGAGGAUGCUGACGAUUUCAGGUUUCCAUCUCUUCUCGAGCAAUUGCAACUUCCAGCCAAGAGACAACUUCUCCUAGUGCCGAGCCGCAGCCGCAUACUCGAAACGGAAGCAACGCAGUCGGAAAAUUUGCCAGUUAAGCCCUGGGCGGAACGCUUGAAUGACGUCGGCCAGAAAUUUCGUUUGCCCAGGAGUGUUCAGGCGAUCUAUUUGCGGCCUUUGCGUAGAAAGGCAGAAUACGGUUUGCCUGUCUGCGAUCUUCAGCUUCGUUCCUACAGUGUACGCAAUCUUGAGUUCUUCGCCGAUUUUGCGAUACGUGCAGCCUAUUAUCUCAAACUUCCCGUAUCCGGUCCCGUCCCUUUACCACGUAUUGUUGAACGCUGGACUGUAAUCCGAAGCAAUUUUGUCCACAAGAAGAGCCAAGAAAAUUUCGAGCGGAUAACAUUACGCCGUCUGAUACAGAUCAAGGAUGGACAUCCUGAUACGGUGCAGAUUUGGCUUGCAUUCCUAAGAAAGCACGCGUUCUACGGUGUUGGCAUGAAGGCAAAUGUUUGGGAAUUUGAAAGUCUCGAUGUUGGCAAGACAAUGGAUGCAACUGCAGAGGAUGUUGAGAAAACCCUUGAACCUUAUUUCUCACAAUUCGGUCAGCGCAAGGAUGCGAAGAUAGAGCGGUCAAUAUCCGAGCUUCUGAGGAGCGAACGGUUCUUGAAUAGUAAAAGUCCUCUAACUCAAAUUUCCAAGUGCCUCAAGACUAAAGAGGUCAGUCACAAAAGCAAAGUAGCGGAUGUGCACGUGAUGCUUGCUGCAGUAUUCCUCUGGCGCUAUGUUUUUGUCUACCUACCUAACCUAUUUCUGGCUAUUCCUGGCUCUCGUUCGGCGAUCACGAUGAUUGCUAACACCUUCAAGCCCCUGAUACGCUAUCUGCAGUGCCAAAAAACUGGAAUCGCUAGCAGCAAACCAAUUGCCGCUGUCUUCCUUCCUCUCCAGUCGCGGUUAUUCUGCUCGUCCCAAAGUACCAAAAGCUCGAGUCCACAACGUAUCAUCUUCUCUGGUAUUCAACCGACAGGAAUACCACACCUGGGAAAUUACUUGGGAGCACUACGUGAGUGGGUACGACUACAGGACUCUGCAACCGAGGGAAGCAAAUUGUUUUUCUCCGUUGUUGAUCUACACGCAUUGACAGUCCCUCAAGAGUCUACCCGUCUCCGUCAAUGGCGAAAAGAAACUUUUGCAACGCUCCUUGCCAUAGGUCUCGACCCCAGUCGGUCUACUAUUUUCUAUCAAUCUGCAGUGCCUGCACAUGCAGAGUUAAUGUGGAUUUUGAGUACAGUGGCUUCAAUGGGUUAUCUUUCGCGCAUGACUCAGUGGAAAAGUAAGCUUCAAUUACCUGAACACACCAGCCUGGAACAUUCAAGCGCAAAGUCCAAGCUGAGGCUGGGGCUUUUUUCUUAUCCCGUUCUCCAAGCGGCCGAUAUAUUAGUACACAGAGCUACUCAUGUUCCCGUUGGAGAUGAUCAAAAGCAACAUAUUGAAUUUACGCGGUAUACCGCGAAUAGCUUCAAUCACAUUUACGGUCCACUUUUCCCUGCUCCACAGGCUCUGAUCUUCUCGAACCCAGCUCCGGCCAGACGGGUAAUGUCCUUGAAAGAUCCAGUUCAAAAAAUGUCCAAAUCGGAUGUCGAACAACGCUCCAGAAUCCUGCUCACAGACUCGCCGGAAGACAUCCACAAGAAAAUAAAACUGGCACUCACAGAUUCGGAACCAGAUAUCAGCUAUGACCCAAUUCGUCGACCGGGUGUAUCGAAUCUGAUCGAAAUCUUGAGUCAUAUUGACUCUGAGAAGAGAUCCUGUGACGAAUUAGCCCGGGAAUUCAAAUCGGCCGGUAUCAAAGCUCUGAAAGAGCAUGUCGCCAAAACAUUGAGCGAUUAUUUGAGGGAUAUCCGAGAAAAGUACUCUGACAUCAUGGUAAAGGACGCCAGCUAUAUUGAUAGGAUUGCAGAUAUAGGAGCCCAAGAGGCCCGCGCGAAUGCCAAUAUUACUAUGCAGUCGGUGAAGUCUGCUUUGGGCUUAUAG